AUGUCGGCGACACCGGUCCCGCCCGAGGACCAGGCUCGCCUGCUCGAGGAUGCCCUCAUCGCCGUGCGCCAGCAGACCGCCCUGAUGCGCAAGUGCUUGGACACCCCCGGCAAGCUUAUGGAUGCUUUGAAAUGCUGCACUGCCUCCCACAGCUCUACACUCGUUUCCGAACUCCGUACCAGCAGCCUGGGCCCUAAGCAGUACUACGAGCUGUACAUGGCCGUCUUCGAUGCGAUGCGAUACCUCUCCGUCCACCUCCGAGAAAACCACCCGGUCAACCACCUCGCCGAUCUCUACGAGCUCGUACAAUAUGCCGGCAACAUCAUCCCCCGUCUGUACCUCAUGAUCACUGUCGGCACCGCCUACAUGUCGAUCGAGGGCGCCCCCGUCAAGGAGCUCAUGAAGGACAUGAUGGACAUGAGCAGGGGCGUCCAGCACCCCGUCCGAGGCCUUUUCUUGCGCUACUACCUCUCAGGUCAGGCUCGCGACUAUCUUCCCGAAGGCGAAGGCGAUGGCCCCGAAGGCAACCUCUCCGACUCGAUCAACUUCAUCCUCACCAACUUUGUCGAGAUGAACAAGCUCUGGGUGCGUCUGCAACAUCAGGGCCAUUCCCGGGACCGUGAAUCACGCACACAAGAGCGCAAGGAGCUCCAGCUUCUGGUGGGAAGCAACAUUGUUCGUCUGAGCCAAUUGGUGGACCUCGAGACCUACAAGACUGGCAUUCUAGGCCCCCUCCUGGAGCAGGUCGUUCAGUGUCGCGAUGUGCUUGCCCAAGAGUACCUGCUCGAGGUUAUCACUCAGGUCUUCCCCGACGAGUUCCACCUACACACCCUGGACCAGUUUCUCGCCGCUGUUUCUCGUCUAAACCCUCAUGUCAACGUCAAGGCCAUCGUCAUUGGUUUGAUGGACAGGCUUUCCAGCUAUGCUGAGCGGGAAGCCCAGAACGAGGAUGGUGAGGAUCGCGAAAAGCUGGAAGAGGAGGCGCUAGCCGAGCUCCUGGAGAAGAUCAAGCUCAACAAAGACACGAAACCUGCCGAACAGACCGAGCCGCCCCCCCAGCCCGUCGAGGGAUCCUCGGAGGCUGAUGCUCCCGAAGCAGACGGCGAUGCUUCUUCGGCAGCGGACACACUUGCCAAAGACUCGGAUGCCGCGCCAUCAGUAGCUGAGACCGAGGAGACAGCCGUCAAUGGUGACGAUGAGACCAAGCCGGAGGAGACGGAAGGCGAGUCACCCAAGAAGCAGCGGGGCAUUCCACAGAACGUCAAGCUGUACGGGGUCUUCUUUGGCCAGGUGAAAAACCUGGUGCAGGCGCAGCAGCUGCCGAUACAAGACACUAUCGCCCUCCUCGUCUCUCUCGCGAAUCUCGCUCUCAACAUCUACCCAAGUCGCCUCGACUACGUCGACCAGAUUCUCGAAUACGCCGACCAGAAGGUCAGGGAUCACGCCAACAGCCCCGACCUUCACUCGCCGCCAGCUCAGCAAAGUCUGCUUGCUCUUCUACAGGCCCCUUUGAAGCGCUACAUCUCCAUCUUCACUGCCCUUUCGCUGCCGACCUACGUUCCACUCUUCCAAUCACAGACCUAUCCUACCCGGCGCGCAGUCGCUGGCGAGGUCGCGAGAACCCUGCUUAAGAACCACACCGAGAUCUCCACGCCCGAGCAAUUAGAGAAUGUGCUCGAGGUCCUCAAGGUGCUCAUCCGGGAAGGUUCAAGGCCACCCGCAGGCUACCCAGGCGCCCAGCAACGCGCUCGCGCUAUGGAGACCGACGAGACGAUUGAGGAGCAGGGCUGGCUGGCCCGCCUCGUGCACCUGCUCAACGCCGAGAACAACGACAAGCAGUUCCGGCUGUUGCAGAUGACCCGCAAUGCCUACAGCGAAGGCAACGACCGCAUCCGCACCACCACGCCGCCCCUCAUCACGGCCGGCAUGAAGCUGGCCCGCCGCUUCAAGGCCCGCGAGCACUACGACGACAACUGGUCGACCCAGUCCUCGGCCCUCUUCAAGUUCCUGCACUCCAUCAUCUCGACGCUCUACACGCGCGUCAACGGCUCGGGCGCCGCCGAGCUGGCCCUGCGCCUCUUCUGCUCGUGCGGCCAGACGGCCGACAUGACGGGCUUCGAGGAGGUGGCCUACGAGUUCUUCGCGCAGGCCUUUACGGUCUACGAGGAGGCCGUGUCGGACUCCAAGGCGCAGUUCCAGGCCGUGUGCGUCAUCGCCAGCGCGCUGCACCAGACGCGCAACUUUGGCAAGGAGAACUACGACACGCUCAUCACCAAGUGCGCGCAGCACGCGAGCAAGCUGCUGCGCAAGCCGGACCAGUGCCGCGCCGUCUACCUCGCCAGCCACCUGUGGUGGGCGACGCCGAUCGCCGCCAACGGCGAGGACGAGGAUUCUGAUCUGUACCGCGACGGCAAGCGCGUGCUCGAGUGCCUCCAGCGCGCCCUGCGUGUGGCCGAUUCGUGCAUGGAGACGGCCACCUCGAUCGAGCUGUUUGUCGAGAUCCUGGACCGAUAUGUGUACUACUUUGACCAGCGGAACGAAUCGGUGACGACCAAGUACCUCAACGGGCUCAUCGAGCUCAUCCACGCCAACCUGGCGGGCAACCAGCAGGAGUCGGCGUCGGUCGAGGCCAGCAAGAAGCACUUUUACCACACGCUCGAGAUGAUCAAGAGCAAGGAGUACGAGGGCAUCGUGUUGACGCCAAAGUAA